ACCGCUGCAGAGCCCGAGCAGCAGCGCACGCCAGCACCAGCCCGACCAUCAUCAUGGCCGACGCCCCGAACCCCAAGCCCGUGCGAUCGUCGACCAACAGCAAGGGCCGCCAGAACUCGCCCCCACCGUACCGCUCGCACGCCGAAACCUCGAUGGAGGACUUCGUCAACGAGUUCUGGCAGCACGCCAUGAACGUCGCCGAGCACCACGAGGACGACUUCAAGCACCAGGCGCUACCGCUCGCGAGGAUCAAGAAGGUCGCCAAGAUGGAUCCCGAGGUGCAGCAACAGAUGAUCUCGAGCGAGGUCACGGUCCUGUUCGAGAAGGCGUGCCAGGUCUUCAUCCAGGAGGUCACCGCUCGUGCCCACCUGGUCUCGCUCGCCGCACGCCGCCGCACCCUGUCGCGCGCCGACGUUGCCCAGGCCGUCUCGAGGAGCGACAUGUUCGACUUUUUGAUCGAUAUCGUGCCUCGCAACGAGCAACGCGCUGCCGCCUCGACCUUGGACGCCGUCGCGUCGGGCAGCGGUACAAAGCGCCGCGCCCGCAAGCCGUCGCAGCGCUCGCCUCCCCUGGACGGCAACGGCGCAGGACUCGCUGUCGGUACCGAGGGGCUCGACGGAGGAGCAGGGUCGGGCGGCGAGGACGACAUCGGCGAGCCGGGCGGCAAGCGCAUGCGGUUCUUCGAGGGCGAGGGCAUGGUGGACCCGCAGCAGCAGGGUGCUGGGCACGGGCAGGGCGUGUACUCGAUGCCGGUCGACGUGGCGACCGCCCAGGCGCAGGCCGACGCGGCCACGUUCUACAUGCAGCCGGACGGCACGCCUGCUUUCAGCGCCGAGGGAGACCUGCCAUGGCCGCCCUCGUUCGGCUUCCCGGCCGCUCGCACGGUCCCCGAUCUGCAGGCGUACUACCAACAGCCGCAACCGGGCGGGAGCGGGACGGACGCUGGGCAGCAGGGAGCGGGGCAGGUCGAGUAGCGCGCGACGGUUGGACGCGAUGACUCGGCGACGUAACGCUUGUUGCACUUUCUCGCCGU